AAGACCCUGCCUCUAAACAAGAAGUCUUACGUAUUUUACCAGAUGCAGAGUGUUGCGUAAUUGGUAGUGGCUCGAGCAGACAUGUUUAUUCCUCUGCUGUAGCUUGCGUGUAGAUUCCUUAUGACGUCUCGGCUGUUGGCAUGUAAUCAGAUAUGUGCUGUGUGUGCUAAAGAACCCCAGUUCACGGCGCAGUGAAGAUCAAGCAACAUGAAGGAGCGCAAUGGAGUUUCAGUUCAACUUAAAGUUCUGCUACUAGCCCAAUGUCUUCUGCUUCUACUGUGUUCUGCAGGCUUGGUCUACUUACUGCUACAAAACCAGCAGAUGAGUGAAGACAUGGCCAAACUGGACGUGCAGGUGCAAGAAUUGUCCCAGAAAGUUUGGACAGGGGUUGUAACCUUGGAUCCAAAAGAGGCAGAAAAACUUAAAAAGGUCCAACGUAGCAGGAGAAGCCAACAUGGAGAACCACCACCCAUCACUGAUAAGGAUGAGGAGAUGUUGAUGCUGGUCACCUACUCCACUGUACCAAUCAAAGCUUUCAUUGAGCUUUGUAACAACUCUAAAGGAAUGUGCUUAACUGGACCACCAGGACCACCAGGUAUUCCUGGUAGGGCAGGUUCCAGGGGAUCCCAGGGUCCCACUGGGCCAGAAGGGAGAAGAGGAAGACGGGGCCCUCCUGGUGAAAAAGGUGAACCUGGCCCUAAAGGGGACCCUGGGCCACUCAGAAUCCUGAAAGGAGAAACUUUUGAGGACAUUUUCAUUGAAGGUCCUUCUGGUCCACCUGGUCCACCUGGCCCACCUGGACCUCCUGGACCUCGUGGUCCGGCCUGUUAUAAAACGACUAUAAAAUCUCCCACUGGACAAACUUGUCAAUCAAAUGAGCUCUUGGAAAAACCUACAGGAACUGGUGAGAGUUUUAUUAUUAGGGCCACAGCAAGCUCAAACAGCUCAAGUAACCAGACUGAGGCUGUAACAACUGACAUAAAUGAUCAGAGAAAUCUCCACAAAGAGACCACCACUGAGGUGUUAGUUAAUAUCCUACCAGCUACAGAACCAGCUAAAAAAGGCUAUACCACUAGUGAUAAAGAGGUUAUUACAGCACCAAAAGACAUCUCAUUAACAAGGAUUCCAUCCACUCCUCCAACUCCUGAACUUGACUAUGACUCAACACAUUCUAAUCAACCAGUGUUGCAAACAACAUAUUUAUCUACUGUUAUAAAUCCUGAGAACAUGGAAUCUGUGCAGCCAUCACUGAAUCCAGUUCUAGCCUCUAAAAAUAAAAGUGUCACAGAAGAGAUCCCAGAACAUCCCACUUCACCAACAACUUUUGAAAAUCUUUUAAAGGUGGUCAAUUCUAACAACCUGUUAGACAAAAGCACUGAAUCAGUGCUUCUAUCACAUUCUCCAACUCUUGAAGCAAACACUGACUUACAAGUCACAGAAUUCUCUGGUAAAAGUAGACUAUUUGACCCUACACCCACAGCAGUUUCUCAAGAGGAUAAAGACAACAGUCAACUAUUCAAUAAAGAAAACAUCAAAAAGACACAAAACAAUAUAUCACUAGAUUCACCAUCAGUAAAUCCAACUUUACGGAACAGUGAUGAAGUUAUAACAACGCAGCCUGCAAAGCAAAGCAUCUUUCUACAAUUUUGGGAGUCCCUUUCAUCUAAACAAGAAAAUCGUAACACAUUUGCACCUAACCCCAUCACUGCCAAGGCUACAAUGAUGUCAGUGACAACUUCAACAGUUUCUUCAUAUAGCCAGAGCAAUAAGAGAGAUCAUUUUACAAAGGAUCUAAGCAAAAUAGCAGAAUCCAGUCAUCAGCCAGCAAUGGAUACCAAUCAGUCAAACCCUGGAAUAAGAGCUGAAUCGAACAAAGGAGAUAACAGUCAAACAAUGUUCAAUGAAAUGGAAAAUGUUACACAAGCUGCACAUCAGAUAUCACCAACCCCAUCUUUCGCCAAACACAUACAAUUUAAUGUCAGUGAAAAUCUAAUAGAUGCCUAUAUGAAAAGUGAAUCAUCGUCAUCACUCAGGACGGAGUGCACUGUAAAAAGCAUUACAUGUACAGAGAAGGCUUCUGAAAUGCAAACCACCUUUGGAGCUUGGAUGUUGGAUGCUUUUUUGAAAAAUAACAGUCAAUAUUGGCUUGCAGAACACUUUUCAGGUCGUAUUUUGCUUGAGUACACAAACACAUCAGCACUGCAAAAUAUAAGUGCUACAAUUAUAGACGUGCAGGGGUAUUACCAGGGCUGUGGUCAUGUGGUUUAUAAGGGCCAUUUGUAUUUCCACUUGGCUGGAACUAAGAAACUCAUAAAGUUCAACCUAAACACAAGAAAAAUGGAGAGUCUCACAAUGACAAACAGUCGAUAUAACAGCCUCAAUUAUCUCUUUCAAAACUCAAAGACCUAUUUUAAGUUUGCUGUGGAUGAAAAUGGACUGUGGGUCAUCUUUGCUCAGAACUCGGAGGACAAAAUGAUUGUUGCAAAAGUAAACCAUGAGGCGUUCACGGUGACAUCUCUCAUUGACAUAGCGUAUCCUACAUCUAAAGCAGGAAAUGCUUUUAUUGCAUGCGGAGUGGUUUAUGUUAGCGAUGAGAAAGACAGGAAGAUUUCAUAUGCAUUUGACUUAGAAAAGAAUAAAUCUGUUAAUGCAAAUUUUGAUAUAAGGGCAUCUAAUGGGAUCUUGGCCAUGAUGUCAUACUACCCUAACAUGAAGCACUUAAUUAUGUGGGACAACCGCAGUGUUAAAGUGUGCAAAGUUAAAUAUAAUGUUACUUAAAAUUGAAUAUUUAAAGCAAUUUGUUGUUGAUAGUUGCUUUUUUAUUUGGUUUUGGUGUAACAAUAAUUUAACACAAAUAUUUACCAUAUUUAAAUAAAUAAAUUGUAUUUUCUAU